AUGAAUGCCGAUGUCGAUCGCAUCGACAUAAAUGAUGAUGAUGACGACGAUGCUGGUAAAUUCAGCAUCUUCAAUGACUGCCAAAGUGAGGACGAUGACGCCCUCACUGGUAAAGACAACGUUCUUUCAUCAGUAAACACAAAGCGCACUGCCGUUAACAAGGAUAAGGCAGCAAAAGAAUUUCUGCUGACUCGCGAAGCGGUUGUCCGUUUUGUUCAAGACUCGAUUGCAGAUGCGCUAGACAGACAGAAGAGAAAAAUGAAGACAAUCAUGGAAGAGCAAAUGUUCUUUAGUUUGAUGAAGGAGACCUAG